CAGAACAUCUAAACCCAAGAGCAGCAAUACAAAAACCUUCCACGUUUUUCGCCUCAGUUUGUCCAGCAUCUAUAUCAGGCAACAGCAUAACACCUAUUACUGGGACCAGAUAUCUCAUGGUAUCAGCUUACCUAAAUGAUGAGGCAAAUGGGCAGGUAAACAUCAUAACCAUAAUGAACAGGACCCAUUCAGAGCCAUUUACCUGUAUAUUUUGUUGUUACCAGCAUGGACUUAGUAUAUCUCCUGUUAAACUGGACCAGCACAUUGAUCAUUUUGGAUUUCCUUUUGUGACCACAGACGCUUUCUGUAACAUGGAACCAACAUGCAAUGCCACACACAUAACCAUUUCAAGACCAGAGAACCUUCUAGAAAUACAAAGCCACCUGUAUUUGCCUAUAAGGAAGCUUCUGACUCAUGAGAGAGACUUUGAUGUGGACUUCACACUAUGCAUUUCUUCCAUGUUUGGAGGGUAUAAUAAUGUCCUUCAGUUUGUGCAGACCGUAGAGACAUAUAAGCUUCUCGGCGUGGAGCACAUGAUUAUCUACAACACCAGCUGUGGUCCGGACCUUGAGAAGGUCUUGCACAUUUAUGAGCAAGAUGGCUUUCUGGAAAUCAUUCCCUGGCCGAUCCAUCACUUUCUGGAGCCAUCCAAAGGCUGGAACUUUGAGCAGCAUUCAGGGGAACUGCACUAUUAUGGGCAACAGGCCACUAUAAAUGACUGCAUUCACAGGAACAGGCAAAGAUCCAAAUAUGUGAUUCUGACUGAUGCAGAUGAAAUCAUCAUGCCAUAUCAACACUCAUCGCUGCAACAACUCAUGACGGAGCUUCAGAAAAAUAACCCGCAUGUGGUAGCUUUCAUUUUUUGGGCCCAUGUCUUCUCCCAAAAAGUGUAUGAAGUCAGUGAGAGAUUUAACAUUCCUCAGUGGAGGCAUGUGCCUGGUGUCAACAUCCUAAGACACAUCCACCGAGAGCCCUUAAAGUGGUUUGUUAACAACAAUAGCAAGAUGAUUGUUGACCCAAGAAAGGUGAUGCAGGCAUCUGUACACAAUGUCUAUAAAAUCAGUGGAAAGUCCAUCUGGGUGCCCAGUGGUUUGGCUAUUGUCAUGCAUACUACUAGACCACACCGUCCUGAUUUGGGCGCUGAGAAACUGAUAAUGGACAAUAAAAUUUGGGAGUAUGCAGAAAGACUGAUACCAAAUGUGAAUAAAGUAAUGCACAAAUCUGGGAUUUUAAAGUGACAAAAGAGUUAGUUGUGCAAAAACCUCUGUAAUCAUUUAAAUCUUUGUACAUGGCUUAUUAUGUUAAAUAAAUUAGCAUUUUCUAACAAAAGGGUUCCAGCAGACACAAGCUAUUUGUUUGUAUUGUAUAUUCAUGGGCAUAGAGACAUGAUAACGUUUACCUCUGUUUAACUA